AUGAAACGUCGAAGGGUGGGGUUUGUCACUAUCAAAACUCUGUUUAGACAGUAUACCAGCGAGUAUGUUCCGCGAAACUUUGAAGACACAUGUGAUGUAAAGGACAUCUUCAUGUGUGAGGCAUGUCUUUUGUGCCUUUCGACAAUGAAAGAGCUGCGAGAGCACUCGGAUGCAUGCUUGUAUCGGUAUUGGAUUCCAGGUGAUGAAAUUUGCCGUUGUUCUAAGAAGCGUUGUGUUGUCUUUGAAAUUGAUGGACGAAAGCCCGCUUCCGUUUCAUAUACGCGACGAAUAGCGCAAAUUGCGAAAUUUUUUCUGGAGGAAAAAACCACGGUGGAUGAUUUGCACUUCUUUUCAUUCAUUGUGUUGUUUGAAGUGGAUGAUUAUGGUUAUCAUUUCGCAGGUUAUUUUAGCAGGGAAUGGAAGAGAAGUGUAACUUGUGAUAAUUCACUUUCUUGUGUGAUGGUCUUGCCGCCGUAUCGCUCUAACGGGUAUGGGGUUUUUCUUAUUGAAAUUUCAUACGAAAUGGGAAGAAUAGAAGGGGCCCCUGGUACCCCUGAGAGACCUUUGAGUAGAACAGGAAAAUGCGUUUUUAGGCGAAUCUGGCGAGAGGAGCUUUUACGUGCGUUGCACUCCUUGAUCGAAAAGG